GAUAUUCUCUCACCCAAAAAAAAAAAAAAAAAAACUCGAUAUUCUCUCACCCAAAGAUUCUCUUAAUGGCGCUUCGCAGAGCUAUCACCAAGCGUCUCAUUGACGGUUACAAAUGCGUUCGACUACCGAACACUAAGAUCCUCCGUCAUUACAUAACCUCAUCGAAUCUUACGGAUCCUAUCAUGGGGAUCCACAUCCAGUCCGUUGGUCUUCCUAGAAGGGAGGAAGCAACAUCUGUGAAGGGAUUAUCAGUGAGUGAGACCAAGAAGUUGUUGAGAAUGUAUCAAAUGGAGAAGGUGAAAGCUAGACUAAGAGAGAUUCCAAAGAACUCUGUUUCGUAUUGGGAGUUUGUUCAAAUCUGUUGUGAGACCUGUGGGAACAACGACGAGCAAGGUUCUCAAAUGGCUCAGUCUUUGGAUUAUGCUGGAAGUGUCGUCGUUUUAGGAGACAUCGUUUUCCUUCAUCCUCAUCAGAUAGCCAAGUCUAUAGCGGCAAUGAUCGACCAAACAUCAGCGGUUUCAAACGAUCCAAGAAAAGAAGAAUUAGCUCAGCUUGAGACUACAAAAAAGCGUAUUGACAUAAAGGCCCGACGAAUAGUCCAGGCAGAGUUAUAUUGUGGUCUCGGAUUCCUAGCAGCGCAAACGAUUGGUCUUAUGCGUCUUACCUUCUGGGAACUAAGCUGGGAUGUGAUGGAACCUAUCUGCUUCUUUGUCACAUCCCUUCAUUUCCUCCUUGGUUAUUACUUUUUUCUUCGGACUUCGACAGAACCGUCUUUUGAAGGGUUUUAUCAGCAACGGUUUAAGACCAAACAGAAGAAGCUUAUGGAGAGCCAUGGGUUUGAUUUUUUGAGAUACACUGAGCUCAAGUCCUUGUUUACACCAUUAGCGUGUAAAUCUGAAGUUUCGACGAUUUAGCUAGCAAUAGAAGUUUAUCCCGCCUAGACACAUCAUGUCUUUGGCCACUGUAUAAUUUACUUGGAGUGUGUAGACUUAAACUGGCGCAUCAUGUCUUUGGCCACUGUAUAAUUUACUUGGAGUGUGUAGACUUAAACUGAGGUUCAAC